AAGAAGGAUCCCUUGUGUGCAGAUUUUGCAUAAAGAACCAAGAAAACAUAUCUAUACAUCUCACCAGAGUGUGCAUGAAGACAGAAUCAAAAGAAAAAAUUCGCCAGGAAGUGAGCAAAUCCCGCGAUUUGAUGAUUGAGUAUCUUUGGCACUGCAGGAUCAUUGACUACAAAACACUCAGCUAUGUUGUGACACAACCGGACAAAGUCCAACCUUUGAUUAAUGAUCUUGAAAAACUGGGUGGUUUUGUGAUCAACAAGCCAAAAGAAGAACAAAUAACUGGCCAAGUGGAAGUGGCUCAAGUGUUACCCCCAGCUACAGAUGUACUUAUAGAUGAAGAAUCAGACAAGGAAGAUGACCAGUCGGCAUUGUACCAACCGCCAUUUAGCCAGUCAUGGGACACUAAAUUGAGAAAGGGCAUGCAAAGCAGUGGUUUAUACCAAAAGCACCCUCUGGAUUGUGAUCUGCUGGCUGGAUUUGGGAAAUUUCUCCGUGACGACAACAACAUUCCCAAUUUCAAACAGGAGGUUGCAAAUGUGUCAAGGUUUUUGUUUUACAUGGACUCAAACAAACCAUCGCUGGAUUUUGUUAAUAACUUGGAAAAAAGCAGAUCAUUUUUUACCAAGCUUGCAGACAUUGGACAGAAGAAGCAAACCAUUGCCAACUACAUGAAGAAUCUGAAGAGAUUUCUUCGGUACAUCAUCGCCAUUACAAGCCUCAUUCAGACAGACAGAGCCUUGUUUGAGCAAUGCAAGCAUUUCCUCCUAUGCUUGAAUGAACUGCAGAAGUCCAUGAGCAAGCAGGUGUCUAAGGAAAUUACUGGGAAAAGAUACACACAGAUGGUGUCAGUUGCGAAGACACCACAUGAAUGUUGGGAACUUUUGAGGGUGGCGAAGAAGGAAUUUCUGUGUAUCAUUGGGAAGGCCAUGAAUGAAGAAUCCUUGCUGGAAACUGAAAGACUGCACAUUCUGUACUACCUUGAGUCUCUGCUCAUUCUGAAACAUCUCCAAAGGGCUGGAGUGGUCAAAAACAUGACCCUGGACGAAUGGCUCUCAAGGAAACCGUGCAAGUUGCCAGAUGGAGAGAAUUGGUCUGUCAUCGGUGUUAAGAAGCACAAAACAGCAACACAGCAAGUUGCAACCAUUUUGUUAGAUGAGGAGGAAGAGACAUGGUUUGAUGUGUACUACCGAUAUGUUCGACCAGCUUUUCUUAAAAACUUUGAUGACACGGAAGCAGAUGAGAGCUUCUUCAUUUCCACAACCGGGAACCCAAUCUACAACCCAUCCAAUGACCUACAAAGGUUUCAUUCCAAAUACAACUUGCCCAACAUCACGAGCCAGGUAGCAAGACGAGUUAUGGAGACAAAUACCAAAGCCAGCUUCACAGACCAACAGAAGGCCCUUGUUGCUGACUACUUGGCCCAUACAACUGCUACAGCUGAAAAGCAUUACCGCAUGAAGACACCAGUCAAUGCCUGCCUGGGAAUGAAGCUGAUCACCAAAGUUGCCAUGUCCGAUGAAUCUAAUAUUGAGACUGAAGGCCCCUCCUGUGCAAGCACAAGUAGAAAGGGAGCAUUGUCCAGCUGCAAAAAGUUGGAUGAGGCACAGGCCUUGAAACUAUUCUAUGAACACUUCCCUGUCACAAUUGAUGGACAAUCAAUCAAGAACAAGGACAGACGACUGAUUGUAGGAAUGCAUGAGAGAUAUUGCUACGACAAGUGGAGAAGCCAGCAAGUGAAAAUGAGACGGGAUUAUGUGAUCGCACACUUCCCCAGAAGACAACCCACUGCACGUCAAGUAGAGAGAUACAUUGAAAGGCUGAACUGGGAGAAGAACAAAGUGAAAGUGGAGACUGUCCUUUGUCACUGGCAACCUUCAAUUAACACUGACACACCUAAAGACAACAAGGCAAUUAUGAAGCUGGUGAAGUCCCAGAAGUGGAAAGGACUGUACAUUGCCAGUGACCCUGAUAAAGGAAAAAAGGUAAUGACGACACGUCCAUUUGCUAAAGGGGAAGUUGUCUGUGACUACCACGGUCUCCCACUCUCAGGGAAGCAGGGGAAAAAAUUGUUGGAAGCAACAGAGAAUGACGAGAUGGGGUUCCUUUACUUCUACAAGGAAUCAGGGAAAUCCUACUGCAUAGAUGCAAAGACUGUGCCCUGUCCUUGCCACCCAGAGAUGGAUACAUUUGGACGUAGGAUAAAUCAUUCCAGAAAGAGAAGCAACAUAAAGGGUCAGCUUCAGCAAUUAGAAGAGGGUGGCAAAGUGUGGAACGUCAUCCUUUUCAUUGCCCUACGAGACAUUCAGGUGCAACAAGAACUGUUAUUUGACUAUGGGGUGUCAAGAAAAUCUUUUGGUGGAGAAGGAGAAGAUUUGGUAUGGCUUGACCAGUAGGUCCGUCACCUGAAUCUGAUGGGACUCCAAACAACCCCCCUUGGGUUGUGCUGUGGCAGAGAUAAGAGAGUGACAUUUGGAGGUGUUCUUCCUAGUCUGUAAACAUUUAUUUUUCUGUUGAUAUACAUAUUGAAAUAUAAUGUGCAAUAUUACACAAUUAAAAUAAUAAA